AUGACGUCUGCGUUUGUACCUUUCCACCAACACUAUCAUCAGCAUCCUUCCAACGACAGUGUUUCUCCACCCACACCACCAUUGCCGUCACCACCAUUGUACAGCAGCCACUCACCUACAGCUGCUGCGACCAAGCUACCCUCACUGUUUGAGCCUCGUACAACCACGCGUGAUCGACGUGAUGACAAUGCAAUCUUUGAUACUACACCACCACCAUCACUUGCUCUUAGACCCAUGGUGAUGCCAACAAAGACAACCACCAUGUUGCAUCAUCCCACAGCAUCUCCACCUUUUGGAUUCAGCUUGCCACCUUUGCAAAAUGUCAUCUCAUCGGCAACAAUGGGUGCACCCGAACAUGCGCUUUGUUCACCCCCUGAAGAAACGGAAGAGCUUGUGAGUGCUUCAUCGCCAUCUGUCAGCAGUAGCAGUGAUGGCAGUGGUUCGCGUAAAGGGUCUAUUGCUUCAUUGCUCAACUCCGAUCCGGAACUGCGGCUUGGUAAUGAUCAACAUCAUCAGUGCCACCAACCAUCAGCAUUUCCACCCUUAUCAUUGAAACGUGGCAGCUGCCAAGAUGAAGCAGCAACACGUCCCAAGAAAAGAAAAUGCAAUGAUGCACCAACACGACGCACAACAUCAACCUUGCGUGGCGGUAGCGAUGACGACUCAUCCCGAGCAAACAAAGGUUUGCGGCACUUUAGCAAGCAAGUGUGUGACAAGGUGGCGGAAAAAGGCGUUACCACAUACAACGAGGUUGCUGACGAAUUGGCCCUGGACAUUCGUGCAAACAUGGAUAAUGAAAAACGUUCAUUCGAUCAAAAGAAUAUUCGACGCCGUGUGUACGACGCGUUGAAUGUCUUCAUGGCCAUGGAUAUCAUUGCCAAAGAUAAGAAACAAAUCAAGUGGCUCGGUAUUCCUUCUUACUUUGGAGGAAAUCACAACCACCAGCAGAAUCAAACAAGCCCAUCCGAUGUUGAAAUGGAGAGAUACUUGGAGUUGCAAAAGCUUGUGGAUCAAGAAGAGCGUCGACAAGCUCAUUUGCUCUCAUCCAUGGAUCACACUCGUGGAUUGAUUCAAGACAAGCUUGCACAACAUUUGCAGCUUUGCAACCUCGUUUGGAGAAACCAACAUAGCCAACAUCAUCAAUUCUUGUCAUCCCAAGACAAGAUCUCCCUUCCCUUUUUCAUCAUUGCUUCACAAGACGAUGCACACAUUCAAGUAGCCAACGAUGGAUUGAGUGCAGAAAUUUCUCAAGCUUCAUCCGAUGCCAUGGAUGAACAAAUGGUGUUUGAAGAUGCCGAUGUGCUUCGAUGCCUCGGUCUCAAUCGCCUUUCCCGUGAACAAUUGGCAGCAUGGCUGCCUGAUCCAUCAUGGCAAUCACUCCUAUCAUCUCGACCUUCGAUGUGCGAUGACUCAAUCUACAUCCGAUCCAGCGCUGAUAUGGUCUCAGCAACAUCUUCAUGA